CCCCGGUUGAGGUACAUAAGAAAGUCGCCUCUUCCACUGCUCUCGGCCCUGUUGCUCUCUUCACCAACACUGCCUCUUUCAACUUGAGACCGUCCAACAUGGCUCACGACACCCCAUCAACAGCCUCUCAAGCAUCUCCUUCACCCGCCGCACCGAUUAACUCAUCAGGUGAUGCCUUCCCUCCGCGACCACUACCGCGCGACCGCACCCCUCCACCCUCUCCACCCCCUCCUCCGAUCGACCCGGACUCGCUGCCCCAGCAACAAAAAAGAGUCUACACCUGCCUGCGCACACAGGGCUGGACUCCCCAACAAUGCGACAUCUACUUCGCCAAGAUACCCUCGCGGCAGCAGCAUAUCCACCUGACCCUCCGCCACUGGGACGGCUGGAAUGAGGAGCAGCUUCGCCGAUUUGACCAGCGCUGCGCGGACGAGUACGUCCCCUUGGGUCUACCGCCUCCCGACCCGGAGGAUGACAACAUACCCGUCCCGAAUUUCUGGUUGAACCACCGUCUGUUGGAGGAUGGGAAUCUGCGGAGGCGGUGCAUCGCGGCUCUGAUGUAUCGGGAGAUGUCCGAUGCUGAGAGGGGCGAGAUGGAGGUGCGGCGCCAGAGGGAGCUGCAGGCCCGUCGUUAUGCCUGACCACAACCACAAGUCGUCGGAGGGAAACUAGUAUACCCAUCUAUCUAUCUGGCUUUGGCAAGUGAAGUGGGAUUAGGUGAUGACUUGACUUGUUGACUUCGAUGAAAUCCUUCCCUGGAGCUUUCGUUUAUCGUAUCAAUGUAUGGACAGUAACACGAGGGAGACGUUAACUGAGUAGUGAAAUCAAACAAAGACACUCUUUCCUCUAGUUGUAAUGUACCCCAAGCAUCAUCCCAAGCAACUACCUUGGAUAAUGCCUAGAUAGAGCUAGGAUUUUUAUCCACCCUUAGACGCUGGGGUCAGACAGGUAAGCAGGACUCGAACU